CACAAAGUGCUGGGCAAGGGGCACGACGACAUGCUGCCACGGAUAGGCCGAAGAAUGUGCACGAAAAUACGCUAAGCGUACCUCUACAGGCCAUCCCCAAACUGCCACCCGAUCACAGGAAUUCCACGAACGGUGUCCAAGGGGGUGGAGACGCAGAUAUCAGUGCACGCACACGCACACGCACACGUACGGCUACUAGCCCCACACGGGCAACACGCGCGCAGCAAUCUCCAGGGACUGACAGGGGGCAGGACAUAGGGCCGGAUGGGAGUGACAGGGCUACAAAGCCUGCGGAGGGUGUGGCAGAUACACCUGCGGAGGGCAGAGAAGUCACGGACACACAGCCAGGUACAGCGGAGCCACAGGCCGACGAUGCAGACACACUACAACCCGAUGACAACAAACAGGCUAUGGAUAGCAAGUCGCCGACGCCCAAUCUGCCACCGAGUUCCGGGGAGGUUGCAGGGUCACAGGACCAGCCGGCAGCACACAUGGCAAACGUGUCUCUGGUGCUCGAACGGAGCCAGCAACAGGGCCCAGCGCAAGAGAAAGGGGACCAACGGCAACCGCAGCAAACCUCAGAGGAGACGUAUAAAAGCUCUGCACCACAGAAUGACCAACAAGACGAUCACGCGGUGUAUGGCGAGACCCACACCCAGACCCAAACCCAAACACAAACACAAACUGGCAGCGACAACCAGUUAAGCGGUCCAGCGAGAGGGGACAGGGCUGAUCUUGGCUCGGAAGCUCAGGCUAUGCCACUACAAGAACAGCAUGCGUCGAAUGGAAACGCUAAAGACAAAUCCGAUGCACAGGUACAAAUUGAAGCCGAACUCCUACAGUCGAUUCCCCAGCCCCCUCAAUGCGAGUACAUGGGACCACAGACCAGAUAUUCGUCAACGGGGUAUCAGGAGCAGCCACCGGGAGCACAAUCAGCACAGGGACAAGCACCACAAGGCUACCAGCAAUCAUCCCACUAUACACAGGGGAGUCAAUACCAACACAUGUACACACAGCACGGCAACGGGCAGCAAGCGUAUGCUCAGGGCGCACCUAUGCAGGGGUACAACAACGGCAGUACCAAUACACAGGCACCACCAUAUGCAGUGCAAGGGAACUACUUACAGAGCAUGCAUGCUGCAGCAGAUCCCUCGCAACAGUCACACCUGAUGUACGACAGCCGUCAGUACUCACAACAGCCGUACCCACCACAGCCCAUGUCACAGUCACAUCUCAGCAAUAGCAACACACUAUCGCGCCAGAACUCCUUCACACGUCAGCAACAGGGGCAGCACCCGCAACAUCUCAUGCAGCAGCAACCGCCAAUGUACACGAACACUCACCCAGACACACACAGGCAGCAGUCUAAUCGAUCGCAGCACUCACGCCAGGAUUCACAGUCUAGGACCAACCCCACGUCACGCACACAAUCACGCACACACUCUCGCACACACUCGCCCUCGAUGUCUGCCAUGUCGCGUGGGAACUCACAGACAAACAUGCUCUCUCAGGCCACCCACCAGCAUCCAUACAAUUACUCCAAGGCAAGUAACAGCGGCAGUGGAAUAUUACCGGCCCCUCCCAUGGCUUUACCCGAACCUCCUGCGCAAUACUCGCACGUGCUGAAUGAGUCUAUGCAUGCCAGAGAGACGGGCACGGAUGCGAACUCAAAUGCCAAUGCGAUGACUGGGAUGUACACUGCGUCCAGCAAUGGGGUAUACAGAAGUGGCAGUGGCCGGAGUGUCGUCAUGGCUGGUACCAUUAUUGACAGAUUGAAUUCCGGUAUCCAGGAUGCACCCGCUUCCUCUGGCAGGAAACGAAAGGCGUCUACGGCGUCGUUAUCGUCUAACCAAGAUUUAGUUGGAACUGACAAGAAAUCGCGGAAUCGUGAGGCAGCCAGAAGGUGUCGACAGAAGAAAAACAACAAACUUGUCACACUACCGGCGGCCAUCAGUGUAAUCACCGACGAGAUCGCAGACCUACGGAGACGACAGGCUGUGCUACAAGCGGAGAAGCAAAAGCUCGAGGCCAAACUAUUCCAGCACACCUGCGUACUCCCGAAGACCUGAGAGAAGGAUCUGAUUGGGCCGCACAUCCGCUAAUCAUUUCCCGAUGGAUGCUGCCGAGGGGUUGUUGUCAAAGUAUAUGCAUGUACAUGGACAUGCACACACGUGUUUGCCCUUGUUGAGAUGCAGGCACACAUGGCGUGUCAGUGAUGUAUGGGAUGUAGAUGGGCGACUGCUAGUUGACUGUUCAUGCUGCCGAUACCGGAAGUCAAUUACCGGGAGCGAGUCCGUUCAGGCCCAGAUAGAGCCUAAGCCAAUAUUACACACAC